CACAAGGCCUCUUGCGUAGACAGUGAGUUGCAAUAGGGCGUUUUUAGUAAACAUAUACUUAGUUCUUCGAUAGAAAAUAUGGCUCGUCAAGGCGCAAGUUACAUCGCUGCAUUCGCUAAAAUAUGUACAGAAGACAAAGGAUUUAUCAGAAAUUUACGAAAGGUUAGAAUUAUAUCUGCUGGAGAGGGGAAAUGUCGAGGAGAACUUACCAUUGCAGAGGAACAUCAGAAUCCACUAGGAACUAUGCAUGGUGGAUUCAUGGCAACAUUGGUUGACCAGAUGUCGAUGUUUGCUCUUCAGACACAUGAAAAUAGACCUAAAGCUGUGUCUGUGAAUAUAAAUGUGAGUUACUUCAAGCCAGCAACAACAGGUGACGAAGUCAUAAUAGAUGCAAGAACAAUUCGUGCAGGGAAGAAAAUGGCAUUCUUAGAGGUUGAUCUUAUAAAGAAAAAAACAGGAGAAUUACUUGUAAAAGGUUCACAUGCAGUAUUUAUUGUUUCACAGAAAACCAUUUCAUAGAUUUUUUUUCAGUAUUUCAAAUUGCAUUAAAAUACUGAAAUUAUUUUUUGUUGUUCCUAGAUGUAUGAUGUUAAUUCUGACAGAAUUGUGUAAGACAGCUGUACUUUUUAGUUUUAUUUUAGUAUGCACCACAGAGCAUCACAGACAGAGAUCUACUGCUGUGUUAUAUUUAUGAAUGUUGAAGUAUACUGUAUUGUUGUUACACUUUUCUGUGGCAUUGUAUGUAUGUUUUAAAAAGUAUUACGGAGAAAAAUAUUGUUUGCUAUAUUAGUUGGUUCUAAACAGUAUACCU